AUGCGCCAAGCUGGGAGCAGACGCACUCGUUUCCUCGUUUCGCCUCUGUUGCAGUAGGAGGACGGCGUUUUGUGGUUUUGUAGCGGUUCGAGCGCGGGCAGCAUCCCCGAAGCCUAGCUGCGAUGCCUGGCGAAAGGGCCAUAGGCUCACGAUGUUGUGUUGCUGCCUGCUUGAACUAUCAGUUGACCAGCGCGGGAGUUGUUUUUCACAAGUUCCCUCGCGACAGUGCGCGUCUCAUUGUUUGGACAGACAUCGUGCGCCGUUGGAACUCCGAGAAGCCGUGGUCGCCAAAGAGCAGGACAAUGAUCUGUUCUGACCACUUUUUGCCGGAAUGCUACCAGCGAGAUCUGCGCUUGUUAUGCGACGCUGGUUUUUCAACCAAGUACGCGCGUCUGGAGCCAAACGCCGUGCCAUCGAUCCUCGUUCCUCGAUCCUCGCCUCCCCAAACAGCAGACGAAUCAUGCGUGAAGCGUCGUCGAACCGGGAGCGGUGACCACUGUAGCAGCAGCACACUGUCGAAGGACAGUAGCUUGCCAAUGGUCACUACAUGGGAUGACGACUCAGAAGCACCAACAUAUGAGUCAUCGCUGGAUGUACCAGUGGCUCGAGAAGAACCUGUUGGUCAGAACCAAGCCAAAACAGCAUGCCUUAGCCAAAGCGGGAACCAGGCUUCCGCUUCUGGGCCAGGGUGCAACAGCAGCACCGCCGCUUCAUGCGACACCGUGCCAGCAACUACUGCAAUUGAUGGCCAUUUUGGACCGCACUUGGAGUCGUCCAUCUGCCACAUCUGUAUGUGUGUGGUAACGAGAGGUACACCGACACUGUCUGUGGACAAAGCUGUGCAAGCCUUCGAGGAGCUUUGUCAGACCUCGACUGAAAAUCCGGCACUACCAACAUCCUCCGGUGCCACAGAAAUGUGCCGUGAAAGCGCAGGCUGA